AUUCAUUUCAAGCCCUUCCCCCUUCAGCAUCUUCGGCAGCAGGACAGAGAAGAAAGCUGGAGUGGGACAGCGGAUGCCAGUCGAAGGGAUACUUUACCGAAGAUGGCUUCGCCCAGGACAAUAACCAUCGUCGCCCUCUCCUUUGCACUGGGUCUCUUUUUCGUGUUCAUGGGCACAAUUAAACUCACUCCAAGAUUAAGCAAAGAUGCAUAUGGUGAAAUGAAAAGAGCGUAUAAGAGUUAUGCCAAGGCACUUCCUGCACUGAAAAAGAUGGGCAUUUCUUCUGUUCUUCUACGCAAGAUCAUCGGUACCCUUGAGGUUGCAUGUGGCGUGGUUCUGACCCUCGUACCAGGAAGACCAAAAGACGUGGCAAACUUUAUCCUGCUAUUGGUCAUGCUGGCUGUGCUUUUCUUUCACCAGCUGGUUGGAGAUCCCCUAAAACGCUACGCCCAUGCCCUGGUAUUCGGUAUUUUGCUAACUUGCCGGCUGCUUAUCGCUCGUCAGGGCGAGGACAGGCCUGAGAGAGAGGAGAGACGAGAGGAGCAGAUCAAUGCCCAGGAAAAGAACAAGGUCAAAAUCUCUUAGCUCCACAAUUUUAAACAGAGCACCUGGCAACAGAUCCCUAUGUGUGUCUCUGGAUAGUAGAGAAGGUGCUCGGAAAAACAGACGGUGGUCCCGAAAGGUGAUUUCUGUCCUUCAACUUAAUAUCAGCAGCCCAAAAGUGUGUUCUUCUUUUACUCUUACCUCAUGUCCUCUGAGAUUGUCGCGUCGCUCGGAGCUGCAUCCAUAGUGGACAAAAAAUGUAAUUAUAAUAAUGCGUUCUAUUGUCUUUUGUUGUGCCCCUUCGCGCUGCGUCCAAUGUAGACACGAUGUAAGAAAUACCACUUUUAAAGUCCCCAUGAAAUCAAACAUUAAAGUAUUUUACACAGUGUUGCAGUGAUUAUUAUAAAUGAUUUAUCCGUCCAAACCAUUAAUUUUUUUAUUUCAUUUACAACAACAGUUCACCACAUGACAUAAGCAACAAAAUAGAGGUUGGACGAUACUGAGUGUCCAAUGGCCAGGCAUUUUUAGCCAUCAGCUCCAGGCCUAACUCACAACAAACCAAUCAAAAAAGUGAAGGCCAAACAAAGCCCCGCCCAACCUUUUUUUCUUAUUUCAGAAGCUGUUUCACUCGGAUGCAUCACGAUACGGAAAAAGUUGAUCGCAAUUUCCGUUUCAUGGUGACUUUAAGAUUAUACUGUGAUACAGAUAACUACAAAUGAUUAUGUAUUUGUUGUUUUACUAUUGUUUGGCCUACUGUAGAUUGACCCUAUUUAAAACUGAAUGUUUUGAAUACAUUAAACGUGAUUAUCCUACACAUUCGUUUGUUAAAACUAUAAAAAAUAACUCCUACCAAUGGUGAUCUAAUAAGGCUGUUAAAUGUCAAGUAAGGAAAGUAAAAUGGAUUUUAUUUGUUAGUUUCACCUCACCCUUUGAAUCAGAUGGACGUAAGUGUUUAACGUAGCCUGAAACCAAUAAUUAAUAUUGUUUAUCUGUUAUUUAUAUAUUUUUUAUAUUAUUGCUGUAUCUGUUGUUUUCUAUUUUUAAAUGAUGAAUUUCAGAAGUUGGUCUUUGUUUCUUACCAAAUUUGUUUUUCUAGCUGUCCAAUAAAAAAUGUCCGUUUAACCUAAUGGUUUCUUGCUCCUUUUAAAAUCUACAACUACAUGUUUGUUUCAUCUUUAUAAUACUUUGUUACAUUUGCCAAAACUAUGGAAAUUACAGCAAAUAUUUUUCUAUGUUGUUUUUAAUUUUGGUAAUCUGUUAGGCUGUAUUGGUAAUACUUGUCUGAUACUGAACAAAGAAUAUGGAUGUGACCUACAGUAUACUCGGUUUUCAGGAUGCCAUGAACUAUUUAAAGAACAGAAGGUUUACACAUAGGGUCAUGUUAUACUCUUGACAGUGAGAAAAAAAAAUCUCUGAUAUGUUUGUGCAUGCAGAUGCUGACAAUAAAACAUCAGUUUAGUAAA